CAUAAUACAGCGCCGCACUGCUGCAUCUGUGGUGUUUCGGCUGAAGGAAGUGUCAACGAUCGUCUUCAUCUUGAUCUCGACAGAUUGUCCAAACCUUCAGGAAAGCCGGUUCAUGAUGCCGUUUAUUAAGGAGGAGAGCGAAGACGUGAGGAUUGAAGAAGCUUUCAGAGUCAAACAUGAAGAUCCCGAGGAACAAACAGACCUGAUGAUCCUGAAGAAAGAAACUCAACAUGUGAAUGAAAUCGAAGAGAGAGAUCUACACGACAAACAGCACGAUUUGAUCAAUAUGGGAAAGGCUUUCAGUGGUUCAAAGUUAAAAAAGCCUCAGAAGAAAGGAAAUCAGAGUAGUUUCACCUGUAAGGUGUGUGCAAGGAGUUUCAGUAAAAAGGGAAUUCUUAAAGUCCACAUGAUUGUUCACACCAGAGAGAAGCCGUUCACCUGCCGGCAGUGUGGACAGAGCUUCCCACGCAAGGAAAGCUUUAAGAUUCACAUGAACAUUCACACCGGAGAGAGGCCGUUCACAUGCGUUCAUUGCGGAAAGAGCUUCGCGCACAAAGGAACUCUUUAUACGCACACGAAAAUCCACACCGGAGAGAAGACGUACACCUGCAAACUCUGUGGGAAAACGUCAAAUCGGAAAGGCAACCUUCAGACUCACAUGAGAGUUCACACCGGAGAGAAGCCCUUCACCUGCUCUCAGUGCCAAAAGAGUUUCACACGUAAAGAAAGCCUCAGCAAGCACAUGUUGUCUCAUUUUCGAGAGAGCCAUUUCAAGUGCCGUCAGUGCGGAGUGACCUUCACGGACAGAAAUCAGCUCGAGAGUCACGUAGUAACUCACACCGGACGCGAGCUGUUUAUGUGCCGUCUCUGUGGAAUUGGCUGCACAAACAGAGCCAACCUCAAGAUUCACAUGAGAGUUCACACGGGGGAGAGACCGUACAGCUGCCAACACUGCGGGAAGAGCUUCUCAAGACUAGCAACUCUUAAAAACCACAGCAGAAUCCACACCGGAGAGAAGCCGUACACCUGCACACAGUGUGGAAGGAGCUUCACGCACAGAGGAAACUUUAAUACCCACAGACGGAUUCACACUGGAGAGAGGUCUUUCAGGAGCCUUCUGUGCACCGUCACUGUGGAGUAAGAUACACAAGCGGAGAAAUCACUGAACUAACAUGAGAAUUACAGCUCUGAGGUAGUCUUUUAUUAUUGAAAGGGGGAGAGGAGAGGAACUGGCAACUCAUUCUUGCAGGAAACUGCAGUUUUCUCUUUAAAGUCUUUCUCCACACUGCAAACAAGCUUUCUUACUCAGAGGUUUUGUCUUGUUUCUGGUCCAAAUAUCUACAGAUGUUUUCUAGACAUGCAAAAAUGGACUUGUUUUCAGUAAUAGUGUCAAAAUUAAAUGAGGUUUUGCUUGAAGCAAGCAAAAUAAUCUGCUAAUAGGUUAGCGAAAUAGUGUCAAUCAUUUUCCUUCAGCUUAGUCCCCUUUUUUCAUCAAGAGUCGCCACAAUGGAAUGAACCGCCAACUUAUCCAGCGUAUGCUUCAUACAGAUGCCCUUCCAGCCGCAACCCAGCAGUGGGAAACACCCAUACACACUCAUUCACACACACACUCAUACACUACAGCCAAUUUAGCUCAUCAAUUCCCCUGUAGUGCAUGUGUUUGGGGAGGACAUGCAAACUCCACACAGAAACAGCAACUGACCCAGCCAGGGCUCACACCUGCGUCCUUACUGUGAGGCUACCGUGCUAACCACUGACAAAUAAUGUCAUUUUAAAGCGAAAACAUUGUGAUUUUGCUUGUUAUAAGGAAAAACUUAACCAAUGCAUGUAGUCACUCAUGUCCACGAUUUGAAGAGGAGUGAAAGAGGACACUUGUGGAUUUUGAGUGUGUGUUUAAACAGAAAAACACACUUAAUAAUAUGUAAAGAUGUCCGUCUUGGCCUGUUUUAUUUUACAUAACUAAUUUUCUCUUAAAUGAGAUUAAAGAGUGAUGAAAGCAGUUGAACUCCUUCAUUAUAGACCUGUGCUUUACUGAAGUGACGCCUCUGUUAUUUAAUAUGAAUCAAACAAAACAUCUAAAUGAGAGAUUCAUUCGCUGCACUUCACUGAAGAACUGCAGUAACUUUAAUAAGAAUUUAUAUUUCAAUUAUACAGUGAAGAAAUAAUAUUCAAUAGAUCAGAAUUUCUG